GUAACACCUCGAUAAACUAAAAAAAAGAUUGAUUAUUUUAAUUCAACGAAAGACGCGACGGGUUCCGAAAAACCGAGACAUGUCCAAUGAAAAAGAGGACGAGUGCGAAAAGCACAAGCAGCAGUCUGAGGCGGACGCCAAGUCGACGUCGAGCGAUGAUUCGGAUGAGUAUCAGUCAGCCGGUGAGGGAGAUGACGGCGAAGGUGACGGUGAUUCCCCAGAGGAGCACCCACCGUUGAAAGCAACCACACCUGCCACCACUACCCCGAAGACCGUCACGCCCACAGCUAAAGUAGCACCUCCACUGCCCACAAAUAACCCAACAUUAGAGCCAAUGGAUAAUUAUCCCAUGCACCAGAGCGUUUUUGAGGACGACAUAAAAUCGCUUCAACGCCGUCUCCUUUUAAGCACGGCUCAGGAUGAGGUGGGCCGGAAGGACAAGCACGGAAACACGCCACUCCAUUUGGCCGUAAUGCUGGGCAGAAAGCACGCAGUUCGUCUGCUCCUCGCCCAAAACGCCCCUGUGAAGAUCAAGAACAAUGAUGGCUGGUCUCCACUAUCCGAGGCCAUUAGCUACGGCGACCGACAGACAAUCACCCAGGUGCUGCGUAUGCUCAAGCUGCAGUCGCGCGAACACAUGGAGAGCCGUCGCGAGAAGCUGGUAAAUGCUCUGCGCCAGAUGCAGGACUUCUACAUGGAGUUCAAAUGGGACUUCCAGUCCUGGCUGCCGCUGGUUUCCCGCAUCUUGCCCUCGGACAUAUGUAGGCUUUACAAGUCAGGCGCCUCCAUUAGGUUGGACACCACACUGGUUGACUUUAACGAUAUGCGUUGGGAGCGAGGUGACAUAUCGUUCUUGUUUCGAGGGGAGGCACCACCGAGAGAAUCCCUGGUUCUGCUGGACAAUGAGCAGGAGUGCUACCAACGGCUGCGCUAUGAAGAGUCCGAUAUGGAAGACGAGGUGGACGUACUCAUGUCCACAGAUAUCCUAGCAACCCAGAUGUCUACCAAGACGAUACAGUUCGCCCGCGCGCAACGUGGCUGGAUAUUCCGCGCCAAUCGAAAGGAACUCAUUGGCGGUCAGUACCAGUGCGAGAUUUACACCAUCCAGGGUUUGAUCCUUAAGCAGCGUAAGAGGCGCGAGCAUCUGUCGCAUGAGGACUUACAGAAAAACCGCGCUAUUGUCGAGACAAUCACAAAGGGAGGCGGCAGUCAACAGCCAGAUGCCCGUCGCUCCAGCCUAGGUAGCCAACACACUGCUACACCUCCCGAGUCCAAUACGCCGACGGCUCCAAACGGCAUAACACUGCCAGAGCUGCCGCGUCGAAGUUCGUUGCAAGCUCCACCGGCCACCACGGUAACCUGGAGGCAGUAUCUGGAAGCUGAGGUCGGUAAGUGUCCGCAACUGGGCAGGACACCUGUUCACAAGCAGUCGAACAAGACGCUACGCGCCACAGUGGCCAUGAGCAAGGACUUUCCGCUUAGCGUGGAUAUGCUUCUGGACGUUCUGGAAGUUGUGGCGCCACUUAAACACAUCAACAAACUGCGAGAGUUCGUAACCCUCAAACUACCGACGGGCUUUCCAGUGAAGAUCGAAAUACCCGUAUUACACACAGUUACCGCCAAGGUGACGUUCCAGAAGUUCGAGUUCCGUGACAACAUCCCCGCCAAGUUGUUUGAGGUGCCGUCACACUACUGGGAAGAUGUACGUCGUUUCCAAGACUUAUGACCAGGCGACGGAGAAACCGUGCCGAAGCCCAAAAACCCGGAAUCCGGUUCGGCGGGAGCACCAACUGGCGUCCGAGUCGAUUUAAAUCGCAAUGCUCCGCCGCCGUCCAUUGCAGAGUUCGAUUAAGGAGGCGUUUUCUGCAGCCACCUAAAUCAACCGUUUUAUAGGUCGUGUCGUGUUUUGUGAUCUCUCUAGCAAAAGCCGGAGGAUACUGCUCGAGCCCGUGACGUUUAUGUAUGUAUGUUUGUUUAGGAGGAAACCACCCAAAACUCAAAAUUGCAAUUUUCACCUUUUAGAAGAUUCUAUUUCGUGGGAAUCAACAUUUUUGAGCUCAUUUUUGCAUUUGUUACAGCAGUCUGAACUAAAAUGAGACGCUAUGAAAAUUGCAAUUUAAUAUUUACGUUUUGUUAUGUACUGUAUUUGUUUAUAAUUAACCCCUUAUCCCAAGGGGAAUUAUUUCGUAGUAUUUAUUGUUCGAUUCAACCAACAUUCUGCCCAGGCUCGUAACUUUUUAUAUCCCCAGAAUGAAUCACUUCGAAGUAAUUGGUGUUUUUUAGAUUGUCGCCCUAUAUUUGGGUGGGGUCUGAAAACAGCUGCUCUAUCGGGAAUGAAAACCAGAAAGUUCUAUUUCGGAAAUUGACUUUCCUAUCUGCAGAUAAUCGCGGUGGUUAAAAUGUAAAAAUAAAUGUGCAAUCGAAAGAAACACUAGCUGAUUGAUAGCCCCGAUUCAUCCUACAUAAUCAAAAAGUAGUUAGUGAGUGAUUAUAUGUAUGUUGCCCAAUAUCCGAUCGUGGCAAACUCUGUUUAUCAUCAUUAUAUUUAUGUCCACCCGCAUCCCCUUCCGUGUUUAGUGCAAUUUCAUACAUAGAUUUAAGGUAAUUUCCAAAGGAGUCUGCAUUAACCGCUUAAAUAGUGUACAUCCAACAUUUUCGUUCUUUUUAUACUUACGCUACGUGUACUAGGAAAUCGUCAGCAAAACAAUUUCGUACGCCUUUUUCAUAACAGUCCCAAGUAUUUCAAAGUGCGCAAAACUAAAAACAGCUUCACAAAUCAAUUAUUGAUAAAUAUUUAUAACUGUGUACCAUUGUAUUUAUGUAGCUCCAUUUUAGCCAAUUAUUUAAACCGUAAUAAAACGUCUUUACUUUUAUUUGUUAAAACAAAAAAGCUUGUAGCGCCGAAUUAGUUUUGUUUAGCAUUUCACAGUGUGAUUUUGCCCUUUUAUCAAAUUAUUUGCAGAGUAUGACUAAGAGCUAUGUAUUUAUGUAAAACUGCCAUUGUUUGUUUAAUUUUUUUGGGCUCAAGUUUUGUUUUUUAUAACCAUCACUUAAGCAAAAUCAAUGCGAUAAUCAAAGGAAAGUGUUUUUAAACAUUUUAUUAACUGUAACCCUAGACACAAACACAUCCACACAAGAAAUCUGAUAUAAACAAAAUACAUGAAUUUUACUAGUUAAGGGCAAUCGAUUGAAAUAUUUAUAUUUAUACGUGGCCACCCUAAAUGUAAUUGAACCGAGCAUUUGUAUAUGCUAUGAAAAUAUAAUAAACACAUCCGCAAGCUGUAAAAUGUGCAACCUAA